GGAAAUGCAUCCUGGUUUGGAGACAAAACCUCCCUUUCCUAUGAUCGUUAGAAAGAAGAGGAGCCAAGUCCCGAGGCAUGAAGACAGAUGUGUGUAAUGGAGUAAGACCUCAGACAGCUCCUGUCAUCUGCCGUUUGCCCUUCCAGACUGGAUUGUGAUCCAAGAGAGUUUUAAGAUUGUUUAAAGGGAGAAAAAUUCUCCUUUCGGUAUUUUUUUUCUUCUGCCUCCUUCUUUGGCUUCCUCAGGUAUGAGUGCCUCUCUGCAGCACCUUUUGCUGGUGCUCUUGCUCUCCAGUGCCACCCUGCUGCUCAGCACUGCGGCUGCUACCCAGAGUGAGGAGCGGCUGUGUGCAUUUAAGGACGCAUAUCAACAGGACCAUGGAACCAAUGAGAAUCAAAUCUCUCAGGAGAAUGGCACAAUUUUAUGUGUGAAAGGCACCAGCUGCUAUGGACUUUGGGAAAAAACACGAGAAGGAGACAUACAUCUUGUAAAACAAGGAUGCUGGUCUCACAUAGGAGACCAACAGGAGUGUCAGUAUGAGGAGUGUAUAGUAACAACCACCCCUUCCUUGAUUCAGAAUGGAACGUAUCGCUUCUGCUGCUGCAGCACUGACUUGUGUAAUGUCAACUUCACUGAAAACUUUCCUCCUCCUGACCCAACUGAUACAACACUUUUCAAUUCAUCUAAUUCUUUUCACCGAGAUGAGACUAUUGUUAUUGCCUUGGCCUCAGUCUCUGUAUUAGCUGUUUUGAUUGCUGCUAUAUUCUUUGGAUAUAGGAUGCUUGCAGGGGACCGUAAGCAAGGUCUACACAGUAUGAACAUGAUGGAGGCAGCAGCAUCAGAGCCUUCACUAGACCUGGAUAAUCUAAAAUUGCUAGAGCUGAUUGGCCGGGGGCGAUAUGGAGCAGUGUAUAAAGGUUCCCUAGAUGAGCGUCCAGUGGCUGCAAAAGUAUUUUCCUUUGCUAACCGCCAGAACUUUAUCAACGAGAGGAACAUUUACAGAGUCCCACUGAUGGAGCAUGACAAUAUUGCCCGCUUCAUUGUGGGAGAUGAGCGAUUCACUGCAGAUGGACGUAUGGAAUAUUUGUUGGUGAUGGAAUAUUAUCCCAAUGGUUCUUUGUGCAAGUAUUUGAGUCUUCACACCAGUGAUUGGGUGAGCUCCUGUCGUUUGGCACAUUCGGUAACCAGGGGCCUGGCAUACCUUCACACAGAGUUACCUCGAGGAGACCAUUAUAAACCUGCAAUUUCCCAUCGCGACUUGAACAGCCGUAAUGUAUUGGUGAAGAAUGAUGGAACAUGUGUAAUUAGUGAUUUUGGAUUAUCCAUGAGAUUAACUGGAAAUCGACUGGUACGUCCGGGCGAGGAGGACAAUGCAGCCAUUAGUGAGGUUGGUACAAUCCGCUAUAUGGCUCCUGAAGUGCUAGAAGGAGCAGUGAACUUGAGGGACUGUGAAUCUGCUCUGAAACAAGUAGAUAUGUAUGCACUAGGCCUUAUCUACUGGGAGAUCUUCAUGAGAUGCACAGACCUCUUCCCGGGGGAGUCGGUGCCAGAGUACCAGAUGGCGUUCCAGACAGAAGUUGGAAACCAUCCCACUUUUGAAGAUAUGCAAGUACUGGUAUCUAGGGAGAAGCAACGACCAAAAUUCCCAGAAGCUUGGAAAGAGAACAGCCUGGCUGUGAGGUCCCUUAAAGAGACAAUCGAAGAUUGUUGGGACCAAGAUGCUGAAGCUCGACUGACAGCCCAGUGUGCUGAAGAGAGGAUGGCUGAACUCAUGAUGAUUUGGGAGAGGAACAAAUCAGUCAGCCCAACAGUCAAUCCUAUGUCUACUGCCAUGCAGAAUGAGCGCAACCUGUCACAUCACAGGCGUGUGCCAAAAAUCAGGCCAUAUCCAGAUUACUCUUCUUCCUCUUAUAUUGAAGACUCAAUCCACCACACUGACAGUAUAGUGAAGAACAUUUCUUCUGAGCAUUCAGUGUCCACUACACCAUUGACUUCAGGGGAGAAAAACAGAAACUCCAUUAACUAUGAACGACAGCAAGCACAGGCUCGCAUCCCUAGCCCUGAGACUAGUGUCACCAGUUUGUCCACCAACACAACUACCACCAACACGACUGGCCUCACUCCUAGCACUGGCAUGACUACCAUAUCUGAGAUGCCUUACUCAGAUGAAACAAACCUACAUGCUACAAAUGUCAUGCAGCCUGUUGGACCAACUCCUGUUUGUCUGCAGCUAACAGAGGAGGAUUUAGAAACCAACAAGCUGGAUCCAAAAGAAGUAGAUAAGAACCUAAAGGAGAGCUCUGAUGAGAAUCUGAUGGAGCAUUCCCUUAAACAGUUCAGUGGACCAGAUCCACUCAGCAGCACCAGCUCCAGCUUGCUUUACCCACUGAUCAAACUUGCAGCAGAGGUGACAGGACAGCAGGACUUCACACAAGCUGGGAAUGGUCAAGCAUGUUUGAUUCCAGAUGUCCCAUCUACUCAGGUCUAUCCUCUACCCAAGCAGCAGAACCUUCCGAAGAGGCCUACUAGUCUACCUUUAAACACCAAAAAUUCAACAAAGGAGCCACGACUGAAAUUUGGUGGCAAGCACAAAUCAAACUUGAAGCAAGUGGAAACUGGAGUUGCCAAGAUGAACACUAUCAAUGCUGCAGAACCUCAUGUGGUAACAGUUACCAUGAAUGGAGUGGCUGGGAGGAGCCAAAGCAUAAACUCGCAUGGUGUAACAACCCAAUAUGCCAAUGGUGCAGUGCCAUCUGGCCAGACAACCAGUUCAGUGGCACACAGGGCCCAGGAAAUGCUGCAGAAUCAGUUCAGUGGCGAGGACAGUCGGCUGAAUAUUAACUCAAGCCCCGAUGAGCAUGAACCCUUACUGAGACGGGAGCAGCAAGUUGGCCAAGAUGAAGGUGUUUUGGAUCGUCUAGUGGACAGGAGAGAGCGACCGCUGGAUAAUGGCCGAACAAACGCCAAUAACAACAACAGUAAUCCAUGUCCAAUGCAAGACGUUACUACACUUGGCACCCAGAGAAUGACAACAUAUCCUGGGCAGACCCAGACUAGAAGAGCACAGAGGCCUAAUUCACUAGAUCUAUCGGCCACAAAUACUUUGGACAGCAGUAGCUUGCAGUUAGGUGACUCAUCACAAGAUGGCAAACCGGGCUCAGGAGAAAAGAUCAAGAAACGUGUGAAAACUCCAUAUUCACUUAAGCGGUGGCGCCCUUCAACAUGGGUCAUCUCCACCGAACCACUGGACUGCGAGGUCAACAACAAUGGCAGUGAGAGGGCAGUCCACUCUAAAUCCAACACUGCUGUUUACCUUGCAGACGGAGGUGCUGCCACAACAAUGGUGUCUAAGGAUGCAGGAGUGAACUGCCUGUGAAAUAUUUUAAAAGCCGACGAAAUGACAUUUUUGCAUUAUUUGAAACAAACACGCAGAAGACAUUUUAAAAAACUGCUUUCUCCUCCUGUCAGCACCCCCUGCCAAGAACUCGCUUUAAAUAGAUUUCAGCUAUGCAGAAAUUUUUUAGCUUAUGCUUCCAUAUUUUUUGUUUCAUUUUUUGAACGUUUUUGCACUUUUAUUUAGUAUCGCUAAAGUUAAGUCUGUCUGGUUUUGACCACAGAAUUAUAUAUAUGUGUAUCAAAAAUGUGGUCUCAAAAUAUUUUUUUAAAAAAAAUAACAAAAAAAUGUAUUGCUGAUAAUCAGUUUGGACCAGUUCCUAAAGGUCACUAAAAACAUAAGCAGACUAUAAGACAGGUUUGACUGCAGUGGUGUCUUGUAUUCAUGUUUUGAUUUCUGUGCACAAGUUAAUUAGUAUGUUUCUAUGUUACAGAGUGUAUUAUCUUUUGAACGCCCUACUUUUCUUGUGUUAUGUUGAAAUGUGCAAU